CUUGGACUGCUAGAUUGAAGUUGGACAAUUUUGCUCCGCACACUCCUCCACAGUUCUAGCCCGGCUUCCAGGAAUACAGGAUGGCUAAGCAGAGAGUGCGCCCCAUAUGGAACCAACCAGAUACUAGCAGACCUCCACCAACCCUCCCCCCAUCUUACAAAACUAUGCUAUAUCCAGCUUAUGCAGACAGGCUCUCGAAGAACAUUCCAGCUGAAAAUCAGAUGCGAGACAUUUCUCUGUCCAGAAAAUCUGCAGAACAUGUGAUGUUUAUGAAUGCAAAGAGGAAGAACUAUCACAAGAUCCGUUCUGCAAAUGAGAACCAGAGCAGAUAUUGUAAUAUAUGCUCAGAAUUCAUCAUGCCAGGAGAUUAUACAAGCUCAAUAGUUCACCAUACUCACAAUAGCUCAAAGGAUUACAGAAUCUUGGCUCCAGCUGACAGGUGGGAAAAUUAUCCUUGUAUAACCUGUAAAACCACCCCACACUCACACAAGAUUGGAGAAAGAUAUCCUGUUCUGGUUUCCAGCUCUAUAUUAAACAACUGGCAAGGAAUCCGUUCGAUGAGCGGCUAUGAAGGAGAUGAGAUCCACAUAGACUAUUUAACUAUCCCAGGUGCAACUGUCCGUGAACUCGAACAUGCCUUUAUGGCCGGGUAUGGAAACGUUCAUCGAGCUGUAGACGUUCUACUUGUUGCAGGAUUGAAUGACAUUCUCCGCGGUGCUACAGACCAUGAGAUACUAGAAGAUAUUCAACAUUUCAGUGAUUCUGUUAAAUCAAUCUCUGCCAGGUCUGGAGAACUAUAUCAAGGAAGCUUUGCGGCUGGUACACUUCCGUUUCCUCCUAAGAUCACUGUUAUCAAGGAUGCACAUCGGAAGAUCGUCAAUGAUCGUAAAGAUCUUAUGAUCUCAUUAACCUCUAUGAUUCGUGAAUUUAACAGAUCUGGAAAUCAUCACCCCGUUUUACCUACUCAACUCGCUCCUUGCUUUCAUACCUGGGAAUCAGGACAAAAAAAUCACUGUCAUCAUUCACUGGCCCUAGGAUGCUGA